AUGGGCAACGGCAAGGCUGGUAACGAGGAGCUCAAGGGCUCCAAGCUCUUUGAUGUAUCACACGUCACUGCCCUCGUCACUGGAGGUGGUACAGGCAUUGGUCUCAUGAUUACACAAGCUCUUGUAGCGAACGGUGCAAAGGUGUACAUUACAAGCCGCCGUGAAGAGGUUUUGAAGAAGACCGACGAGCUUUAUGACAGCGGCCCAGGACAGAUCAUCCCUCUACAGGGUGAUGUCAGCGACAAGGCGGAUGUAGCACGCCUGUACAAGGAGCUUUCCGAGAAGGAGCCCAAGGGCAUUCAGCUCCUCGUCAACAAUGCAGGUAUUGCGCGUGAUGACAACACCAAGUUCUCCACAGCUGGUCAGCCGAACAUGGACGAUGCCGAGUCAAUCUCACAGCACUUUCUCAAGUCGGAGGAACAAAGCUGGGCCGACACAUUCAAGACCAACGUUGGAAGCAUCUUCUGGAUGAGCAUGACCUUCUUGCCUCUGCUGGCCAAGGGCAAAGACGUGACUCCGGGCUAUACCUCCUCAGUCAUCAAUGUCAGCAGUAUCUCCGGCUACAUGAAGGGCAGCAGCAGCGGCCAGUUUGCAUACGCGAGCUCAAAGGCAGCUGCCACCCAUCUCAGUCGUAUGCUGGCGACAACUUUCGUUGGCACCAAGGUCCGCGUCAACACCAUCGCGCCUGGCGUGUUCCCUUCAGAGAUGACCACGGGCUCUUCGGACGAAGACAACAAGAGUGUCAUCAAAUCUGAAAUGUCGAACCCUGCUGGCCGACCCGGCAAGGACACUGACAUGGCUGCUACUGUACUGCUCCUGGCCGGCCCAGGUGGUGUCUUCUACAACGAGCAGGUCUUGUACCCUGACGGUGGCAACACGCUCACCCAACCCUCCGCAAGAGCUUAGCUAGGUCGUGGGUUUAUUCAAGGAACAAUGCAAAAAAGAUCACGACUU